AAAUUAUAUGAACUUGUGGGGUGAAUAGGGCAAAACCAAUUUUCAAAAAAAAAGGAGGUUAGUUUUGUGUUUGACUUUAAGUUAUAGGUCAAUUUUGCAAAAAUCCCAAUUUUAAAUGAUUGUUUUAAAAAAAAAUGUUUUUAAGAAAUUGUUUUGUGUAGACUCAAUUUUCUGACUAAACAUGAACCUAAACACCAUCUAAACCCAUUUUUAGAACACAUACUAUAUCAUGCAUAUUUGAUUCCACAAAGAAAUUUCUAGUAAAUUUGCUUACCUAUACAUAUGAAUUCAUUGUAUUUCUUCUUGCAGCUACAAAGUGUAGUAUGCUAGAUUGCACAAAAGCUUCAUUGGACGUACAGUGCCCACUCCAGAAUCGGAAGCAAAACCUUGUGGAUGGCUUAAGAAAUUUCGCUUUCAAAACGCUUCAAAAUAUCCUAUUUAAAAAUACGUUGGAAAUUUACGAUUCCGUUUUUUGAAUCACGCUUCCAGUUUUUUUAGAAUAUUGAAUAUCAUAAAUAAAGAAAAAGUAUAAAAUAAUGUUUUAUGUUUUUAUGUAAAGUCUAAAAUUUAAUAAUACUAAAUAGAGAGAAUAUAAAUAUGCAAAUAUUAAAACUAAUACUAUAAAUUAUCUUUAUGCACUGAACUUUUUUUUAUUAUAGAUAUAAUAUAAGACAAUUCUCUCAAAUAGCUAUUUUUAAGUUUUUGUCACAAAAAAAAAAAAAACUAAAAUAGUCUCUUUUUAUUUUGAAAUUUUUAUAAUUUAUUUUUUAUUUUUUAAAAUUUGAAACCCUAUCCCCAAAAUUCUACCCCUUGACUCUAAACCCUAAAUCUAGAUUAGUUAACCCUAGGGUAAAAACAUAUUUUUACUUUCUAAUAAAAUUUAUUUUGGUCAUUUUCUUCAUUGAAAACUAUUUUUGUGAUAAAAACUUAAAAAUGACUAUCUUAAAGAAUUUUUCAAUAAUAUAUAUAUCUGCUUCCUAAUUUGAAAUAUCUCGUUUCCAUACGGUUUCGAUUCCAUGCAAGGCCGGCCCUGGGCUAAAGCCCAUAAAGCUUGGGCUUUGGGCGCUACAGAUAAUAUGUAUUUUAGAGGCACCAAAAUUUAUAAAAUUGACUUUAGUCUAGUGGUUGCACUUCUUGUGAUUCUAUUAUAAAGGUUUGAGGUUCGAAACCACAGUACCACUUUUUUUUAUCCUGAUUUAUUUUUAUGAGAAUAAGUGAAUACCAACUACUUAAGACAUUACGGAAGAAUAGGUUACAUGUUCCAACUUUCCUUUUAUCUAUGUCUAUUAUAACAACUACUUAUUAAACAAUGAUUUAUCUUCCCCAAUCUCUCUUUUCAUUUAUUUCUAUUUUGCUAUAAUUGUUGUUUAAAUAAAAAAUAUUAUAACAAUUAAUUAGAACUACCAGUUGCUCAUGUUCCACUGUAUCGUAAAUGGUUGUCUUUGCCAAAAUAGCUCCAUGGAAGUUUCAGGUACAUUUUUCUCAAAUUUCUUACUUAAAAAAAAAAAAAAUUUGUAAUUUUGUUAAAAACUUAUGAAAUUCAACAAAUUAAAACUAUCAUAGGGUUUUAAUAUUUUGAAAAUCUAUGAAAGAUAAUAAUUUGUGAAGUUGAUGUUAGCGUAUUUUAUUAUAUGUUUUGCUCUAUCAAUAGAUUAUAUAUUUUGUUCUUUUGCUUCUUUGUAUUCGUAGAAAAUGCUAUUAUAGUAGUAUUAGAAAUCAAUCAACCACAAGAACUUCAAAUAUGAAGGUAAAAAACAUAUAAAAUGAGCUGCAAAAAAAAAUAUGAGCUGCAAAUAGUGUUUUGAUGUUUUUUACUUUUUAAAAAAGCUUAAAUUUUAAUAGUAUAUGAAAUAUGAUAUUAUUUUGAUUAUAUAUAUGUUUAAAAUAGAGUAAAAUUUAUUUAUAGCUAAGGGGCAACAUAUGUUUAGUCCGCUUUAGGCGCCCGAGGAAUCCGGACCGGCACUGAUUCCAUGUAACAUAGGAAGUAUGAAGAAUUACGUCAAAUAAUCUAUGGAAGUAUGAAAGAAUCAAUCAAUUUUUCUCAGAAAGAAGAAAGUAUGAAUCAAUUUGAAAAUUAACGAGUUAAGAAAAGCAGGAUGUAUAAGAUAAUUAAAAAAGUCUUAAACUCUUUAUCAAAAAAAAAAAGUCUUAAACUUGAAGAAAUUAAAUUGAAGAAAAUGUAAAACACAGUAUAAAGCCCAUUAGUAUUAGGCUUAUCGGGCUUGAAAAGUAUCAACUGGCGCCAAAAUAAAAUAGAUUUCCCCGCUCUCUCUAUCGACCUAAACCUAUAAAUUGGAUACUCAGGUUCGCCCCCAAAUCAGAAGAAACUGCUGAAAAAUGUCAGGCGACAAUUCGACGGAGGUUGAACGAAAACGUGGCAGAGCCGCGGAGGAGGCGUCGAGCUGGAAGAAUUCCGUAGAGCGACUGAAAGCGAUUCGGCAAGGAGGACUUGGGAACCUAUCGGCUUCAGGUGGUGGCUACGAACUGGAACAGCCAGUUGAUGAUGAGUACGACGCAAUUGUAAAAUGUGAGGGUAUUCUUGAAGAGGUUUUAGCAAAGGUUAAUCCAGACGAUAUGGAUAGAGAAAGACAUAGGAGAAGGAAACAAGCAGCUACUGUUCCAAUUAAGAUACGUGAUUCAGACGAUAAGUGUGAUCACGUUGCCAUGGAGAAUGAGUUGAUGAAAGAAGAUGUGACAGAUUCUGUAGUCACCACCCUUCCGCAGACUUGUGAGAAUAUGGAAUUACCUACAAGUGAUAGCGAGGGAUCAAACAAUAUAAGACAGAGUGAAGAAGCUAAGGCAGAGUCAGGAGUGAAGAAGGAAGCCAUUUGCAAAGGUGGAACUGAGAAUGGGGCGGAAUUUGAUUUGGAUGCUGAUGGGUCACUUCGUUUUUACAUUCUUGACGCUUAUGAGGAGGCUUUUGGUGCGAGUAUGGGCACAGUAUAUCUGUUUGGGAAGGUUAAAAUGGGAGAUACGUACAAGAGUUGCUGUGUGGUUGUUAAGAAUAUCCAGAGAUGUGUUUAUGCUAUUCCAAAUGGUUCCAUAUUCCCUUCCCAUGAACUUUUUAUGCUCCAGCAAGAGGUGAAACUUUCUCCUGAAUCCUUCCGGGUGAAGAAGUUACAUGAAAUGGCAUCCAAACUGAAGAACGAAAUUUCUCAGCAAUUGCUACGACUCAACGUUUCAAAUUAUAGCAUGGCACUUGUCAAGAGAAGCUACGCGUUUGAGAAGCCUGAUGUACCAGCUGGCGAGCAAUAUGUUUUGAAGAUAAAUUAUCCAUUUAAGGAUCCUGCACUUCCACAAGACCUUAAAGGGGAUUCUUUUUGCGCUGUGCUAGGCUCUCACACCAGUGCUUUGGAGCUUUUCAUCCUUAAAAGGAAGAUCAUGGGACCUUCUUGGCUGAAAAUUUCAAACUUCUCUACCAGUUUACCUUCUCAACGAGUGAGCUGGUGCAAGUGUGAGGUUACUGUUGAAUCUCCCAAGGUUAUCACUGUUUUAGUUCCGGAGGAAAAAGUGGUUCAUCCUCCUGCUGUCGUCACAGCUAUAAAUUUAAAGACUAUAGUCAAUGAAAAGCACAACAUCAGCGAAAUUGUUUCCGCCUCUCUUCUCUGUUUUCACAACGCCAAGAUUGACGUUCCAAUGGCAGGUCCAGAAAGAAAGAGAUGUGGUAUUCUGAGUCAUUUCACUGUUGUUAGGAAUCCUGAAGGAACUUGCUACCCAAUUGGUUGGAAGAAAGAAGUGGCUGACAGAAAUUCAAAGAAGGGCUGCAGUGUUUUAAGUUUUGAAAACAGUGAAAGAGCUUUGCUGAACCGAUUGUUUCUGGAGUUGAACAAAUUGGACAGUGAUGUUCUUGUGGGACAUAAUAUAUCAAGGUUUGAUCUGGAUGUUCUUCUCCAAAGAGCCCAGGCUUGCAAAGUUUUGAGUAGCAUGUGGUCCAAAAUUGGCCGUCUCAAACGUUCGUUCAUGCCUAAGCUUAAAGGGAACAACAAGUCCGGAGCUACACCAGGGCUCAUGUCUUGCAUUGCUGGAAGACUAUUAUGUGAUACAGAUCUAUGUUCUCAAGACUUGUUGAAGCAGGUCAGUUAUUCGUUAACAGACCUUUCAAAGACACAGCUGAACCAGGACAGGAAACAGAUAUCGCCUCAUGAUAUUCCCAAAAUGUUUCAGUCAUCUAAGACACUUGUGGAACUUAUUGAAUGUGGGGAGAGAGAUGCAUGGUUAUCCAUGGAGCUCAUGUUUCAUCUAAGUGUUCUUCCUCUCACUCUCCAGCUUACUAACAUAAGUGGCAAUCUCUGGGGGAAAACCCUUCAAGGAUCCAGGGCGCAGAGAAUUGAAUACUACUUACUACAUACAUUCCACUCGAGAAAGUACAUCCUCCCAGACAAAAUUUCGCAACGUAUGAAGGAUAUUAUAAAGUCAUCAAAAAGAAGAAUCAGCCAUGGUGAAUUGGAUGCUGACUUGGCUUUGGAGAAUGAUCCGUCUAAGAAGGGUCCAGGCUACGCUGGUGGACUGGUGUUGGAACCAAAGAAAGGGUUAUAUGACAAAUAUGUGGUGCUUCUUGACUUCAAUAGUCUUUACCCGUCUAUUAUACAGGAAUAUAAUAUAUGUUUCACGACUGUGCCACGAUCAGAAGACGGAGUUCCUCGUUUACCUUCGAGCCAGACACCUGGAAUUCUUCCAAAGUUGAUGGAACAUUUGGUCAGUAUAAGGAAACGUGUGAAACAAAAGAUGAAGAAGGAAACAGGUCUCAAGUACUGGGAGCUUGACAUUCGGCAGCAGGCAUUAAAACUCACAGCCAAUAGUAUGUACGGAUGUCUGGGGUUCUCUGAUUCAAGAUUCUACGCUAAGCCUUUAGCAGAGCUCAUAACACUACAGGGAAGGGAGAUCCUGCAAAGAACCGUGGAUCUUGUACAGAAUCAUUUAAACCUAGAGGUGAUUUAUGGUGACACAGAUUCAAUCAUGAUUCACAGUGGACUAGAUGAUUUCGAAGAGGUCAAAACCAUUAUAACAAAAGUCAUCCAAGCGGUCAAUAAGAAGUACAGAUGUCUGAAAAUUGACUGUGAUGGCAUAUAUAAGAGAAUGCUUAUUCUAAGAAAAAAGAAGUAUGCUGGCGUCAAGUUGCAGUUCAAGGACGGGCAGACUUGCGAGGAAAUUGAAAGAAAAGGUGUGGAUAUGGUUCGUCGAGACUGGAGCUUACUCUCCAAGGAAAUUGGAGACUUAUGCUUGGCUAAGAUCUUUUAUGGAGGGUCGUGUGAGGAUGUUGUUGAAGCAAUUCAUAACGAACUUGUGAAGAUAAAAGAGGAAAUGAGAAAUGGGCAAGUUUCACUUGAGAAGUAUGUCAUCACCAAGGCAUUGACUAAAGCACCAGAAGCUUAUCCAGAUUCCAAAAGCCAACCACACGUUCAAGUCGCACUCAGAAUGAGGCAACGUGGUUUUAAAGAAGGUUUCAAUGCCAAGGAUACUGUACCUUAUAUAAUCUGCUAUGAACAGGGUAAUGCUAGCUCUGUCAGCUCAGCAGGGAUUGCCAAACGCGCUAGGCAUCCUGAUGAGGUGAAGUCAGACGACAGCAGAUUGUUGGUUGACAUAGAUUACUACUUGGCACAGCAGAUUCAUCCCGUGGUGUCUCGUCUGUGCGCAGAGAUUCAGGGCACAAGUCCUGAGAGGUUAGCCGAGUGUUUAGGACUUGACCCAUCAAAGUAUCGAAGCAACGAUGCUACGAGCAGUGAUCCUUCUACAUCCCUCUUGUUUGCUACAAGCCAUGAAGAAAGGUAUAAAAGCUGUGAGCCGUUAACACUAACAUGCCCCAGCUGCUCUGCUUCUUUCAACUGUCCAUCUAUUACUAGUUCAGUUUGCGCGUCGAUCAGUAAUAAAUCUGAAACAGAGGAAUCUACAUUCUGGCUUAGACUGCAUUGCUCGAAAUGCACGGGAAGAAUAUCCCCUGCAAUGAUAGCUAAUCAGGUGAAAAGGCAGAUUGAUGGGUUCCUGUCAAUGUACUACAAAGGCACAAUGAUGUGUGACGAUGAGUCUUGUAAGCACACUACUCGCAGCCCCAACUUUCGUCUGCUAGGUGACCGGGAACGGGGAACAGUUUGCCCAAACUAUCCUAACUGUAAUGGAACCCUCUUAAGAAAGUACACUGAAGCAGACCUGUACAAGCAGCUGUCAUACUUUUGCCACAUCUUAGACACACAAUUCUCUCUAGAAAAGAUGGAUGUUGGUGUGAGAAUUCAAGUAGAGAAAGCAAUGAUGAAGAUAAAACCUGCAGUUGAGUCAGCAGCAUCGAUAGCUCGGAGUAUCCGAGACCGGUGUGAUUACGGAUGGGUGCAACUCACAGACAUAGCCAUUUGAUAGUUCUAAUAAUUAUCUCAUCUCAUGUAAUUAAAUUUAUAUCAUCUUCUGACAUCAUUAAGUUUUUGUUUUGUCCUAAAGUUUUAUUACCAUAACUAUAACUGAACUUUGGAGUAUAGCAAAUACUAGACUAAAAACAGUUUUGACUACUGUUUGGUAGGGUACUAAGCCGGAGAUGUUGACUUCGAAUCAUCUUUGUCUUCAAAGCAGAGUGGCUGUGGAAAAGCACAUUUCCUGAGUUGCUCGGGGUGGUUCAUGGUUAACCAUCGAGUGAGGAGCACCAAGCAGAGUCGCAAAGUGCUGCUCUUGUUGUAAGGUUCCAUUGAACCUUGUCUGCGUAGGCGGUAGAACUGGUGGUAGUCGCAUAGGGUUUAGGCAUAAAUCAUUCAUAACAGCUAAAGUCUGUAUUAUGCAGUGAUUAAGUUAAUCAGACAAUGGGGUUUACAAAUUUAAACUUUGAUUGUAUGUAAAUGAUCUUAGUAAGCAAAAUAAAAUAAAAUAAAAAACCUGCACUUGAAGUUGAAGCUGCUUCAGAUAUUUUAUAGCUUCAUCAAGCAUUGAGGCUUUAUCUGUCUACAAAUAUAUUGGUUGGGUUCUUCUACGUUGAUUUCGACUUCUGUGUGUUCUUUCGAACAGGGCUCUAGGAUUACAAGUGAAGAUUUUCUACGGAUUUCUUCACUCAGUCAUCUCUAUCCUUUAUUAUGUUUUACUUAUGUUAGCUUCUCAAUUUACCGUCGAGUAUCUAAUCGGUUGUAAUCGCAUCUAAUUUUAAUAUAAGUAUGAGUUGUUCAAAAAAAAGAACUGUCUACAAAUAUAUAUAUAUAUAUAUAUAUAUAUAUAUAUAUAAAAAAGAAUGUUUAUCAUGACUAAGUUCUGAAGGAAGAAAAUUCAAACUUUCAAUUUACCUUGUUGGAAUUGGGUAUCAGCUUCUGCAAAGAUUUCAUUUUCUCGUUGAUCUUGCACCUCCUUCUCUGCAAUAUUUUCAGAUUCUAUUAUUGUUUUUUUAAAAUAUUUUUCAGAUCAAGAAUAUUUAAAAAAGCUGAAAGACUGAAAUAUUUUCAGCCGGACCUGCCCUAGGUCAUGCUAAGUGAAACAUUCGCAAUAGGUCCCAAAAGUUUUGAAAAAAUUACAUACAAAGAGGCCCCCAAAAAAUAUUUUUAGACCCCUAAAUUUGUAAAAAACAAAUUUUUACAUAAACAUAGCCACAGGCUCCGAAAAUCUCAGAGCCGGCCCUUUCAGACAAGUUGUGGAACUGUGCAUUAAUGUUUCUCUUCAACGAGUUUCGCUGCCUGGCUCCGUUUCUCUUUAGUGUUACUAGGUCCUCUCUCCGCGCGAUGCGCGGAAAAGUGUGUUGAUAGUCGAUUUUUGAUUAUAAAUUUCGAUGUUUUUUGUUUAGAAUAGAAGCAUUGUAUUUUCCAAAAUGUUUGGAAAAAUGGUGAAUAUUGAGUUUAUGCAAUUAGCCAAGUAAACAUAAAUAAUGUAAGAAACAGAUUAAGUCUUUUGUAGACCAGAAGUUGCGUUGAGGUUCAUAAGAAAGAAAUAGCCUGAAAUUGGUUAAGAAUACGUUAGUUAGCAUAAAUUUAAGUAAAUACAAUAAUAUUGUUAUAUUAAUAUUUCUAUGUAUCAUAUAUAGCUUUAUACAUCAUAUGUAAAGUUUGAUGACAUAUAAAAAUGAUUGAAUAAAUCUUUAAAUUUUGAAACUGUAAUUUAUCUUAAUAUUAAAAUUUAUUUGUUAUUUAUUAUUUUGUAAAUAAAUAUUUUUAUAUAAAAAUUUGGAAUACUACAUAUGAACGAUUCCAUGUUUAGAUACUACAUAAAAAUACUUUUGAUAGAUUAUGUGCAUUUUACAUAUGAAGAUGUACUGCGUAGAAAAUAUAUGACCUUGCAAUAUUGUGUGUAUGUUAGAGUAGAAAAUACUUCUAUUACUUUUUUAGACUCUUAAGGUAAUUAUUAAAAAAAUUUGGAAUAGUGGAAAGCAAAAUAGAAUUUUUUUAAAAAUUUUUUAAAAAAACUUCUAAAAUUGCAUUCAUUGGUGAUGCUCCAAUCUAAAUUGAUCUUUGUACAAACUUAUUUGGUAUAACAUUGUAAAUAAAUGAGAUAAACGAAAAUUUUCUUUUCAAAACUAAAUUUGAAGACAGUAACAUUUUAUUUUCCUAUUAAGUGAUAUGAUAUAUGUUAUUAUUAUUAUUAUACUACAAAGGAAAUUGGAAAGUAUUGUACUAUUAGAUAUAGAGAUCUUAGACGGAAACUCCUGAUGCUGUUUUGCAAACCGGUUUGUAUAAACCAGAGUCGGCUUGAAUACUGGACGUCGGAUUAUUAAGCCCAAUCCACAAACUCCAUACCUCCUUAUACAUUAUUAGAAAACCGGCCUUCAACCUUAAACGCCAUCGCAACCACAUAUGAAUGUGUUUGGCUUCUGUUGAACCUUCCACGACGCGUUCAAGGCCGUUGAUGAUUUGGUAGUGCGUCACAGUAAACAAUAAAAUACUAUUAGUAUAUGUCAAUUUUAUUAAUUAUUUGAAAAAAAUGAAAUGUAUUUUAAAUGAAAAUUCAUGUUAUGUAUUGGACAAAUAAUAGAGACAAUUUUUUUUUAUACUUGUUUCAUAUCCUUUGUGAUUGUUUUCUUUGGUUUUAUUUUAUUUUUUAUUUUUUGCUUUGAGGUUUUAUUUUAUUUAUGUAAGAUUAUAUGAUGAUACAUAUGAAUAUGUCAUUAUAUAAAACUUAUUAUCAUUUGAGAUUGUGACAAUUUAGUAUUUAAUUUUAUGUAUGGCUAUGUGUAGGUUGUUUCAGAUCGUUUAUCCAUACUUAUAAGCCAAAAGGAAUUUUGCUGAGCAGUUCAACAUUUUUUUUAUAUUUAAAAUGAUUCUAUCUUGGGCAUCUCCUGUAUAAAAUAUACUACUGAGAGUUAAUGCUGAAACUCUCUUUUGCUAUAUGAAGCUCUAACGUAUUUUAAUUAUGGGAUAUUCAAACACGUUAACAUAUAUUCAUUGUACAGCUUACUUGACCAAUUCCAUUUUAUUAAAUUGAAGUUUAUGUUGUAAUAAUAGCACCAUUCGUACACUUUUACGUCUUUUUUUCCUAUUUAUAGUUAAAAUAUGAGUUCCGAACAAUACUUAAAAGGCAAAAAUUGAUUAGUUUAAGAAAUCUAAUCUGUAAAGUUAUUUUUAGUAAAAAUUGAUCACCUCAAGAAUCCUAAAUGCGCAACUAAGUUUUCACAGCAUAUCAGUUUCAUGAGUCUAUAGGAAUCAUAUGUGUGUUCUAUUUGAAGAGUUAUUUGUUUUAAGCAUCCCCUACGAAUAUUUAUUUUUGAAUUUCAAGAUUUUUACAAAACUAAGCCAUAAGUUUCACUGUGAUUUUAUUCAAAUAUGCAAAUUUGAAAUGUUUUAUAUUAUUCCAUUAUGAUACAAAUCAGAAUUAUAUUCGAAACCAAACCUUAGGCGAACAGAAAGUAAAUGUUUCCACACAAGAAAAGUUAUAAAAUGAAUAAGAGACAGGAGAAGAAAGAGUGAAUCUGCCAAAGCUUCUAACUAUACUCGUUUUUAUAGCAGAUUUCAAAACAUAAGCAUACUCAUUUGUUCUGUUUCAGAUCACCUUAGGCUUUUUCUUCUUUUCGGCUAAAACAUUACCAGAUUCUCUCAUAUUCAUGACCUUGAGUUCCUCAAACAGUAACAACUAUGCUCCAAGAGUUAAUGUUUUAUGCAUUGUGGUGAUAGCGCAGACAUGACUCCUGCAAUCUCCAACCAUCUUGCUGUCCACCACUAUUCUACCUGUAAAAGUGAACGUGAUCUAUUUUCAGACUCAUCCAUAUGUUGUGAGUCUUGUGACCUUGACUUACGUUAAGAGCGGCUGCUCGAGCGAGAGCGUGACCCUGGCCUGUGCCUCUCCUCUCUUUCUCGAUCGAAAGACCUCUUCCUAUGGAUAAAUGAUGAUACCAUCAACUUAAGAAUGCAACAAUCUUAAACCAAAAAAUAACUGCAACACAUUAUCAGUAUCUGUCACGGUCUCGAUUUUUGUAAUGAUCACUAUCAUCCAUAAAGUCUCUCUCACGUUCCCUUUUCUCACUAUGUUCUCUGCUAAGGUGUCUAUAACAAUUUCUCCCAUUGUGGCGGUCGCAUUCACUAUCCUUUUCAUCAUGUCUCUAUCUCUGGCCCUGCUCUUCACACUUUCAAUGUCGAUCGUGAUUCACGUCUGUCUUUUUGAUGUCCCAUUUUCUUAUCUUCCUCACUGGCUAUUGAAAAUUCCAUUUCAAAUUCAUGAGAUUCAAGCUCUGAAACAAAUGGUAAAGGCUUCUUCAAAAGGUACAUAAGGACCAUAAGUAAAAUAUGAACUUUACAUCAUAGAAUAAUAUAUAAAAGCUCCCUCCAACACAAGGUCAAGGAAGCAAAACAUACUAAUGAAUUAACCAAUUUCCCGGAAUUAAAAGAGUGUAAGAAAGUCAGCACAUGCAUUGUUGUUAGUGAUCAAUGAUAUCUUGUGGAUGUUAAGAUAAUAGUAACAUACAUGCAUUAUCUACAAUAUAUGCAUUAUCUACAAUAUAGCUAUAUUAUAAGUCAGCACAUGCAUUGUUGUUCAAAUAUUUGUAUUGCUCUUUUACUUUUAUUUUUCAAUUGGUUAGUUUCUGUAUUUAUUGUAUCGAAUUCAAUUGUUUUUGUCUUAAAUUUAACCAAUGUGUUAAUUGUAAUUUUAAAAUAUAUAACUUGGCAUAUUUAUCUAUUUACUUAAAAUAGUAUUCGGUUAUUUGGAUCAUUGUGAUCUGAUCAAAAUUCUGUUAUCUUAAUAUAUUUUUCUAUAUUUGAAUAAAAAGUACUACUAAGAAAUUAAAUAAAAGACAUAUUUUUGCUUAUUUGGUUUUCUUUGUUCCAUGUUAAACUACACCUAGUUUUGAUGUGAAUUUUUUUUUGGUCAUAUUUGCAAGGGUUUAUUUGCCAAAUAACCAAAAAGAAAUGAAUUUAGUUUUUUAAAGAGAUUGUAGAGUGAGCUUUCCCUAUUUGCAAUGUGUGUUUAAUUUUUUCUGUAACUUUUUCUUUUGAAAUUAUAAUGUAUGUUAUUUAUACGAUUUAGAUGACAUGAGGGUGAGUUAACUAUAUGUUUUCUUUUUCUCUGGAACCAUUAAUAUCAAUGUAUAGCCAUUAUAGACAUGUUGUAAUGUGUUAGAAAAAACAAAGACUUAUUCUAAUAUUCAUAAAAAAUAUAAAGUUCCAGGUGUUGGUAAUUCACUACUUCAGAUGUGUUGCAGGACCUUCGAAGCAAGGUAAAUAUACUUUUCUUAUAAGACAAACACAAUUAGAAUUAUUGUAUCUCUGAGUUUCCACAAACCAUCUAAACUAAUUCCCACUAAACAUGUUUUGACAAACGAAAUCAAACUUAAAUGUUAAUCUACUAAAGUUUCCUGGUUAUUUGUGGUGGCUUGUUAUUUUGUAUUCUUUUUGAACUCUUCUCUUCGCUAUUUAGACAAAAAUUUGUUUAAUUGAAACUUCCACACAUUGUUAACUUUUGAGCUCUAUAUCACUUUUAAGUAUACACACAUCUAAAAUACAUAGAUCCUUUACUUUUCCAGAAUAAAAUAUUCUUUAAUUGUACUCGAAUUGAAAAAAAAAAGUUGAAAGGACAUAGUUUCAUUGACACCAAAGCAGACAUAGUUUCAUCGACACCAAAUUUGGAUGCUGCAAAUGUGCCAUUACAUUGCUUUGGUGAUGGCAUUGAGGAAGAGGUCCUGGUAUCUUGUAACACUUGUUUCUGAAAUCAUCUGCAAUUGAAAGGACCAUUGUAUCUGGGCAUAUGAAUUAAACAUCAGAUAUAAUAGGACUAAUAAUCUUUUGGGUUAGAAAGCAGGAAAAUGUUAGUUUUAGCAGCUAUGCAGGUGAAAUAAUACCUUGAUCUGUUAACGGAAACGUUCCUUAUUUUCCAUAUGUAACAUUGGAUCUUAUGUGUUCUAAAUGCUCCUGGUAAAGAAAAAGGGAUAAAAUUAAACAUGCAACUAAGUGGAGUCAAAUACGAAUGAAUGACUCCAUGUUUGUUGUGGAGUCAGCACAUAAUAUUUCUUUAGUGUCAAGAAAUUUGAUAUCUUUGAUAGAUUUAUCUUCUUGACUUAAAGUUCACCUCUGAAAGAACGAUAAGGAAACAAAAUUAAUCCCUUUGUACACAAAUCUUGAGAACCAUUUCAUGAUCUUAUCUCUUCUCAAUCUGUAGAAAUAUUGCUAAAAUAUAAAGAACUUUAUAAGCCAUCAUGUAACCCCUUAACUUUUUUUUGUGUAGCGUAAGGGUGGAUUUCAACAUACUUUGAGGACAGUUUUAAUACCCGAAAUCAUAUUCUGUCGCUACACCUAACACAAAACUUGAAACUUAAUUGAACUUUACUCAAAUGAAACAGUUAACAAUAUACCAAGAGAAGUUGGAUCAAUUUUUGUUUUUUUUUUGUCACGGUUAACAUUGCUUCUAGAUGCGCUAUGGGAAACAUAAUAGGUAUAUUUAUUUAUUUUGAAAUAAUAAGAAGGAGAGAAGACUUCAUCCCAAUCUUGUUGAACUCGUGGAACUCCCCGGUCAAGGGGCUCUUUAGAAGCGAAACUGCCAUUUGUGUCUGAACAGGACUGUCGGGCUUACAUGACAUGAAUGUGGAGAUCAAAACCAGAGAAGUCACAGCCUCUGAUGGCUUCAAAAUCCAAGACCAAGAAACCAAAUUUCUUGAACUAAACGAUAAGGUAGACCACAAGACGCGCUUCCAUAGUUAAAGUCUAGAUAACAUGAACUUAACAACAAUCUGAAAAAUAAAGAGAUUAAAUCAAGCGUGAGUGAUAAACACACAAAAAUCAAAACUUUAUGCAAUUAACUAAUAGAGAAUCAUCUAAAACUAAGAAAAUAAAAAGUAACGGAAACAAAUGUUGGUUACAAAGCAUUAAUAUUUCUUUACGAAGCAUUCAUUGUUUUAGUGUUUAUACAAAAACAAUCUAACAAUCAUCCGAGAUUAAUGCUAUUAAUCAUGCAUGUUUGCUCUUGUUAAUGAAUCAAAAAGAGAAAAAGGAUCGAACUUGAAAUGGCAUAUAAACUAAUUGAAAUCUUUAAGACCUAGAAAUCAAAUCGCAUAACAACGAAGAGCAAGAGAAGAGACUCACCAAACGAAAAUUACGCAACAGAGAGGGAGAGAACGCGAUAACGAAUACAGUUGAGGAGAGUAAGAAAGAAAAGCCAACUCGGUCCGAGUCGACUCAGGAAGGUCUCUCUCGCUUUGAAGCUGUUCUUUCACUUAUCAUCAAGUAAAAUAAAAUGUUUGCAGAGUUCCGAUUAUGGUUGGAAUGAAGAUGAGAUGGAACGCUUUAUAUAGCAGGAGAAAGAGAGGGAGAUAGAACGAAACCAUUGAAGCAGGAUUAAAGAGCAUAAUCAAUAUAUUGAUGAAAAUUUGAUCGUGACCGCAAAGAGGAAGAGGAAGAGUCAGGGGAAAAUGAAACUUUAGGUGUCAGAAAUGAAAGGCAAUAUGGGCUGUUUUAAAAAUGUAAACACAGCCCAAUAAAAUACAUGUUUCUCUAUGACGUGGCGAAUUUAAAUGUUUUUAUUGGUUGCUUUUUUAAGAGGACGUGGCAUCAUUCUCUGUAGAGUAUAUUCUCCUUUUAGUAUAGGUUAGAUUGUUACCAUUGCAAAAGAAAAACAAAAGUUAGUUUUGUUUUUGUUCUUUAAACAAAGCGAGUGUAGUUUAAUGGCAACUAAAGUUGUUAUCAUUGAUUUAUUGGAUCUUUGAAUAGUAUUUUGGACGUCUGAAGGAUGAGAACCAACUAUGUAGCAUCUACAUCGAGCUGGUAUGGAGAUAUAAAUAUUCUUAAAUUCACAUAAAGUAGUUUAAUGGUAACUAAAGUUGUUAUCAUUGAUUUAUUGGAUCUUUGAAUAUUAUUUUCAUAUAAAUAUUUCAUUAUGCGCAAAAGUGCAAGUAUUAUCCUAGUUAUUCAUUUAAGAUAUCAAAACUUUAGUCAGUCUAAUUAAAAUUGUUUAUAAAAACUAAUGAUUUAUUUUAGAAGUAAGCAAAUUCACUUCUUAGUUUGUUCAAAAAAAAAAAGCAAAUUCACUUCUUAGAUAAUAGUUCUAAUAGUAUAUAGUCUAUUAGUUAUGAAAAGCCCACAUACGGAUACUAAUAAUAUACUCCAACGUAAAGCUCCGCAUAUAAAAGGGAUUCGUAGCUUGCGAUGAACAGACCCACCACUGCAAAAUCUAAAGUCACUCUCUGUCAAGCAUCAACUCCAAUUAUGGCAUCUUCUAUGUCAAUCUCGCCGAGAGGUAUAUGCAGCAACAGUACAAUGAUGUUGAACUGUCUGCCCUUGGGAUCGGGAUGCAUGUUCUUAAUCUCUCUCUCCUAUACACUCUUCUGUGUAUUGAGACUGUAAUAGCCUUUCUACUGAUUGUCUCUUCAAUGUGAAAAUGUGCAGCCAUGGUAAACAUUGUUAUUGUUGCUGAAAUACUGAGAACAGUGGUUUGCUAUUGAGAAAAGUAAGUAUCCUUAUACUGUCUGAAUUCAACAAAUUAUAUAUUAUAAAUUGGAGGUUUUGGCAACUAAACUCUGUUUGGGGAAGCAUGGUUUGUUACUGUUAUAGCGAUCAUGACUUAAACGUUGGGUAUGCAGGAUGAAAGGGGUCGCAUUUGUGCCGAAAGCUAAGGUGGUUUAUUUAAGAGCAGACUAUGAUUGUCACAAAUCCCAUUAUUGAUUUUAUAUAUCAGUUUUGAUUCUCUAUGGUUUUGAUCUUGCGGAUUGUAUCUGACAUAGAACAUGAAUCAGCAUGCUGAAUCAACACAGCAAUUUGAGUAUCAAAGAGUCCAUUUCAUUUUCUGUGGAAUUUCUAAGUGUCAUGACAAAACAUCUUCAAAGAAAGGCGCGUUAACUAAAAAUAUGGAAUCUUUUCUGUUCGGUCUCAGUUUAACAAUAUGAAGCGAUCUAUAGCUGUAUCUAAACCUGAAAAUUGAGUUUGUGAUCUAAACGAGCUUUGUUGUAUAUAUUUUUGUUUCAUUGACUCGAGUGUAACGUUAAUGAUCCAAGUAUUGUUACUCUUUUGUAAAUUUUUUUUAUACCAUAUAGACAAAUGUUUUUCCUUAAGUUCCAUCUACUAAUUAUGUUGUUUAUUUUACUAAGACAGUUUUUCCCUGUCAAGAAUGUAAGUCUUUUUAUUUGUUAGAUACAAUUAACCAAUUUUCCUUUCAUUACCGUCUAGACAAGGUCUGAACUGUUCAACUUUGCAAUUGGAUAAUUUUGCUUGAUUUAUAUAUUUUUGGAUAUUUUUACGGUUGUUUUUUUUGUUUUGAAAAUGACAUUUUUAAUGUAAAACAAAUAUAGAUAGGAGAAUGUAUUAAAUUUAGAAGUUGGGGUGAUUAGAUUUGUAGUAAUUUUUAAAUGAUUUUAUAAGAUUUAAGAAAUUAUUAUGUUAAAAUUAAAAGAUUCUAAAAUCUCAUAUAAACCCAUGAAAUUUGAUUUUCUUAAAAAAUAUUUAAACUAAAAAGUAAAAACUCCACCAUCACUUUUAAAUGAAUGCAAAUCCUAAAGUACAUAACUUCAAAAUAUUUCAAAACAGUAAAUUUUAAAUUAGUUUAUCAAAUAACAAGUUUAGUAACACCUAAUUUCAAAAUAAUUUUUAAAGUUGAUGUUUUAAUAAUAGUUGAUUGUCCCUUCAAUUUAAAUUACUUUAAACUUCCAGUUAAGUACACCUUUAAAGUUAACCAUGAUUAUUAUAGUUCUAAAUAAUAUAUUAUAAAAACUAGGUUUACAAAAAUUAUCUGUGACUACAUCUUCUUCUUCAAUAAGGAUUUUUAGGUACAUAUAUAAUAGGGUGGUCAUAAGUGUUCCAAAAAAAAGGGUACAUAUAUAAUAUACAUAAGAAAAUUAUGUAUAAAAUAAUAAAUUAAAAAACAACAAUUUGAUUUUCGUAGUGACCAUAUAUUUGUAUCUUUAGGAUUUGUGUCCUGGUGUUGCUUAAAAAAAGGGUUUUGGGCUCUGUUUUGUUCUCAGAGACAAAAAAAAAACAUAGUCAAUUAUUUUGUGGUAAAGCAAAUUAUUUUAAGGGAAAUUUUUAUAAAUUAUUUCAACUAAAUUUUGUUAAUUUAUUUAAUAUCUAAUUAUUUUUGAUAUUUUCAAAUAUUGUUUUUGUUCAUAUGUAUAUAUACAUAUAUAUCCUUUAAUUUAUAAUAUUGUACUCAUUUUAAUAUUCAAACUAUGUUUACUUUAAUAAAAAUAUUAAUAAGUUUCAAAAAAAAUUAUAAAAAUUUCUAAAUUUAAACCAAUAAACAAUUUCUAAUUGAUUUUAAAAUUUAGCAAUAAAAUCAACUAUUUUUGGAUGAAUUUUAGAAAUUCAGAAAACUUGAUUUGAUUGUAAAAUAAAUGAUUAAUAGUUUUAAGUUUCAGGAAAAAAAUUAAAGUUGAUAUUAACUAAAAUUAAAAAGUUAAAAGUUAUCCACAAUUUAGUUUAUUUUCCUAUAAAUUUACAUAAAACUAAAAAUUUUAAGAUUUAGUUUUGAAUUUUGGAGAGUUUUUUUAUAAUUUGUUUGAGACUUUUUAAUACUUUUGAUUAAAAUGAGCAUAUUUUUAAUAUUAAAGUGCCUUAUUAAGGUAUACUUUUUUGACAGCUCUGAAGAUGAUUUUGUCAAGGAGAUAGUUUUUUUUUUUAACGCUGGGUAACACAUUACAUCAUCAUAUAAUCUCUAAAUCUAUUACAUAUGAUGAUCAACUACCUGCAACAAAUGCGAUAUUGUUAAACUAGCUCUUCGAAUAAUGAUUCCACGAUGAAGCUCUCCCCGAAACACUUGAAACCACAGACAGUUCUGCAUGUACGACAUUCUCGAUGGAUAGGCUCUCACCGCAACAGGCGACCACAACGAACGGUUCUGCUUACAGUACUCUGGAACCUCUGAAAGCUUCGCAUCCUAUAAUCUGCAAGAAAUUAUAUUGUAUGGGAUUCGAACUCCAUACUUGGGUGUAGAAACCUUUAAACCUUAACCAAUUGGCUAGGGUGAUUCCACCAAGGAGAUAGUUAAGGAGGUCAAGAGAUUUAUAGCAGCAAUUAAAUUAGAGGAAGAAGAAGAAGAAAAUUAUUUGGAGGAAAAAGGAGAAAGCUUGAGAAUUACACUCUCCAUGCAUGAUUGUUUCAGCAUUAUUAUCAACUGUUAGGACGUAGACAUGGACCAAAGGCUCUCUUUCCUGGACACCCUCGAGAGAAUUUAGAAUAUCAAGAAAACUUUAGCUUCAGAUCAAUGCCGCUUAUUCACUUCAUACCAACACAAAUCUCAAUUUUGUUUUAACCAGAGAUAACCAAUAAACGUACUUUUUUGUCUGGAAUAAAAUUAAUUUACUUGUAUACUGAACCAUAUAGCUUAUAUGUAAUUGUAUUUAGUCAACACAAUGUGAGUGUGUGUCUACUACUUGUAUGAGUUUAUUUUUCUGGAAGAAAGUUUACAAGUGACAAAAUUGCAAACAAGCCAUCUUUGAGUUUGUGGAUGUAUUAAUUAAGUUCUUGCAUAUUUUGUUCCCUAGUUCCACCAAACCAGAAGAUACAAGGUUUAAGAGUGUCAUCAAAUGUCUUUCUUUCUGACCAACAAAAGCUACGGUAGAAAAUAUUUGCUCUUAACAUCAUCUGCCAUAAGCAACAUCAAGAUCCAACAAAUUAACAACAACCACAAGCAGGUUAGUAAAACAUAUCCAACAAUACAAGCUAUGGCGCGAUUCUCACAUUAUGAAAAAAGAGUUUGAUGUUAUAUAGAUCCCAUUAUCCUUAGCACAAAAAAAAAGUGAGAACUUUAUUUGUCCAAAAAAAAGAAAAAAGUGGAAUUUAUAAGUGUGUGUACCUUAAGUCCUUAACGUUGCCGAUUUUUUAGCCGAAGCUGUUGCAUAAUCUGAACGGUGAGUUAUGAGGUCUAAUAUUUAAAAUCUUUUGUAUGACUUGAAUUAAGUCACUUGACUAACCAAAACACGUUGAUCAAUCUGAACGACGACAUAGAACUAAAAGGGAACAUGUCUAAGAGCAAUGUAGAGAAUUUUAAUAUAUAUUUUUAAAAAAUUCAAACCUUCUGAUAUAGCAUAACUGCAAAAAUCAUACUUCUCAUACGAAGUUGGACAACGAC